CGGUUUCAUCAACUUCCUUCCGUUUUGAUGAGGGAAUGAGAAUUGCAGGCCUACUUUCGAUCUUCUGAGACGUUGUUGGUGUGCCCUUGUCAAGGGUUUUAACAGCAGAAUGAGAUUGACACAAGCGCUCCAGUUUUACAUUCGAUACCGUAGGGUGCCAGGAUUACUUCGAUACGGGAAGAAUCGAGUUGUCACCCCCAUCAGCAUCAGUGCAAAGCGGAAAGCAGCGGAACUGAUGGUCUUCGAGCGAGAAAACAUCGAUAUCUUGAACAAGCCUUUCCUGUCUGUGGCUGAGGAGGCAGCCUACAACAGCACUGUAACCAAAACUCCGUACCGGAAUGAUCAAGAAAAAGCCAUGGACGAGUUCUUGGAAAAAUUGGAGUCGUUGCCUCGCCACAUCACAACAGACGAGGUUCUGGGUCACCUCAAUGUGGAUAAGAAGUGGGAAUGAUGGGGAGCCUUGUUUGAGUUAGUGAUGAAUCUGUGUGUGUGUGAAAGUGAAUAGAGCUACUGGUACUGUCUGUGUGUACAAACUGAAAGAAGAGUAUAGUAGUGAUGAAUCUGUGUGUACAAACUGAAACAAGAGUAUAGUACAGUGUGUAGUGAUUGGAACUGAUUGACAGUUUUGAAGAUCUGAUGAGGACUGAAAGUUUUUGGGGUUGUUGUCGUGUUCAGCAGGCUCUUGUCUCCAUUUGGACUGCAGAGUGUAAGAUUCUACCAUACCGUAUGCUUUUUUGUAAUGUCAGAUAUGACUGAGUCUUGCACUUUACACUGAGCUGUAGGACAUUAUUGUGAAAAGAGCUCUGGAUAUGGCAGCAUCAUGGAGAUAGUAGUUCCGGAUAUUUGACCUGUACGAAUGUAUAUUGUUCAGGUGAAGUGACUUGAAAGUUCCUUUGGUAAAGGAACAGUUGCACCAUGGAACUUCUCUCGGAGUGUACUCAGUUGUUCUUUUGAAGAUACUGCUAUUAGUCUAUAGUAUGCUAGAGUAAAGUGCAAAACAAAUGUCGAAAUACCAUAUUCAAACCUCUUAAUAAAGGUUUAAAAAUUGCCCACUAAGGAGAUGGGUCUUUUCCAUCCUUUUAGAAGUGAUUGGUAGAAAACAGUCACCGGCAGUGUAAAGGUGGCUUCAUUUACUGCAUAAGACUUGACACGUCUUGUGUCUUGACUAGUCUUGACAAGUAAAAAGAGUCUUGUGUCUACAGUUACAUCAAGUAGAUGUUUGGGUUCUGAACUCAAUAAAGGUAGCAGAGAAAUGUACAUUAAAUUUAUGAGUAUGAGGUUCACAAGAUUGAUACAUGCGGAAGUAAAAUAUAUCUGUCCAUGCA